CCUGUUCUCCUCCCCUUCUAUCUCCCCCUGUCUCUCUCUGCUCUGCCGCUCUCUCUCUCGGAAGCGGGAGGAGAGACGAAAGCAGAGUUCGCUCGCUCGCUCUCCUCAGAUUCCCCGCCCGCUCUGCGCUGCGCUGCUCUGCUCUGCUCUGCUCGCCUGCCGUCCUUCCUUCCUCGCCUGAUUGAUUCGGUUGCUGCGCGCGCGGGCGCCGAGCUGAUUGGGGGAGUCGGUGCGGGGCGAGGAGCUAGCGGUCGGCUUGGCGGUCUCUACCACCACGGCGGCGGCGGCGGCCAUGCGGAUCCCGCGGCGGAAGGCCGGGGUGCCGCUCGGCGUGCCCAGCCGGCGGGCGCAGAUCGCCGCGGUCUUCGCGCUCGCCGUGCUGCUCGCCGUCUCCGUCCUCUACGACAGCGCCCACAUCGCCGCCUCGCUGCGCCGCCACAGCGGCUACAACAGGGAGGCGCCGGCGGGGGCUGGCCCGCGCGCCACACCGGCGCAGGCAGUGGAGUCAGCGGGGGCGGCCACGGAUCGGACCGACCCGCCCCCGCGGCUUGGGGCGGAGGGGGUCUCUAAGUCUAACCUCGGGACGGCAGAGGACGGGUCCUCACCGGAGACGGGAGUCCUGAAGGAAGUGGUGGCGGAAGGAGGCCAGGGUACCUGCGACAUGUACAAGGGGAGGUGGGUGCACGACGAGGAGAACGCGCCCAUGUACAAGGAGUCCGACUGCGAGUUCCUCACGGAGCAGGUCACCUGCAUGCGCAACGGCCGCCGCAGCGACGAGUACCAGAAGUGGCGGUGGCAGCCUGAUGCCUGCGACCUCCCAAGGUUCGAUGCUAAGUUGCUUCUUGAGAAGCUAAGGAACAAAAGAAUGAUGUUUGUGGGGGAUUCACUGAACAGGAACCAGUGGGAGUCCAUGGUGUGCCUGGUCCAGUCUGUGGCUCCAUGGGAUAAGAAAAAGCUUGUCAAGAAUGGAUCUCUAAAUGUGUUCCGCCUUAAUGAGUACAAUGCAACGAUUGAGUUCUAUUGGGCUCCUUUCCUAGUUGAGUCGAACUCAGAUGAUCCAGACAUCCAUAGCAUCACCGACCGAAUGAUCACGCCAACAUCGAUCGCCAAGCAUGCAGCAAAUUGGAUAGGGGUGGACUAUUUGAUCUUCAACACUUACAUUUGGUGGAUGAACACCCCAAAGAUGAAAAUUGUGCCUGAUGGAUCCUUCACAAGGAAACCGGUUAAGUACGAUGAAUUGGAUCGUGUGGUUGCAUACCGACAGAUCCUCGAGACAUGGUCUGGAUGGGUAGAAGAGAAUGUAGAUCCCAAAAGGACAAUGGUCUUAUUCAUGAGUGUUUCACCAGUACAUAUGCAGAGUGAAGGCUGGGGCAGCCCUGACAACAUAAAAUGCUUCUCUGAGACACAACCAGUGCUAAAUUACACAAAAACACUGGAUGUAGGCACUGACUGGGAUCUUUUCACGGAAUCUCAUGAAGUGAUGAAGGCGAUGAAGAAGGUGCCCGUGCACUUCAUCAACAUAACCGCAUUGUCGGAGAUCCGCAAGGACGCACACACAUCUGUGCACACGCUGCGGCAGGGUAAGCUCCUGACAAAGGAGCAGCAGGCCAACCCACGCAAGUUCGCCGACUGCAUCCACUGGUGCCUCCCUGGCUUGCCGGACACAUGGAACGAGUUCAUUUACGGCCACAUUGUGUCGAGCCCUCUACAGCGGCAGAUUGAGAAUCAAUCUGCAAGAUGACAAUGCAUAUAUAUAUAUCUCCUCCAAAUCUGCUAGUUCCCGUUAGUACGUAAGAUGGUAAUUGCGGCCAUACAAUAUAUAUAUUUUUUCUAGGUCUAGAAAUCUAUGCUGUUGGUUCACCUGGGGAGAUUGGCUCGAAGGUACGCUCGCAGGAUAGCAAACUGUAGCUAUAAACAACCAAGAUGGCCUGAGAGUUAUUAUACCGUCUGCUCGCUCUGAGUGUGACUAUUUAAGAGGAAUGCUUCGAUGCUUUUCAUCUGAAAAGAAUCUUAUUUCAGUUGAUACUUGUACAUAAUUUUUUUUUCAUCAAACUCUUUUCAUGAGAAUAUUUAACCUUUUGGGCUGUAACAAUAUUCAAGAGCUUGCGCAGCAUAGACUGCACUGAUGUGUGAUAA